AUGGCAUAUGCGGUGUAUCCACGUGCUCCGACACAAGCAUUAAAAGAGUUGAUACAAAUUCUCUUGGAAAAUGGCGGAGAGUUAGAACUCGGGGAUGCAGUGCAGGAACUUUCUUCACAAAACCGUAGUUUAGUGUUACAUUACGGAGCGUUUGAAUUCGUACAUAGCCAUCCGGAGCUCUUUAAAUGUGAGGAAGUCAGGACGCUGCGGAAACAUAAAUCGAAAGUAGUUAUAAUAUUGAAUGUCCCUUUAGAGUUUUGCUUUGAAGCUGGAGAGAAAGGUGGAUGUGUUACGAGGAAAUGUACUCGCCUUCAUUUAUGUCCUUUUUUUAUCAAGGGAAACUGCAAGUUCGGUGUAACUUGUAAUAGAUCUCACAGUUAUGAAGACGAACAUACGGUUCGGGUUCUUAAUCACUUCCGCCUCGGUUUCUUAUGUUCUUCCUCGCUUUUGCAAGAGGUUUUGGAAAGGAUCGUAGAGGAAAGCGAAUUACAGCGAACUGCUGCCAAACGAUCUGUACCGGAUAUCUGCAAAUUCUACAACAAAGGUACAUGCAUGAAAGAGGAUAACUGCCCCUGGUUACACGUGUGUGAAUAUUUCGUUGCUGGAAAAUGUAAAUUUGGCGAGGGCUGCAAAAGGGAUCAUGGUUUCUCUGACCCACAUAACAUUAGAAUACUAAAGGAAUAUGACAUGGAAAGGAUUGGUGACUGGAAAGUGCUUCAGUUGUUGAACGGUAAAGAAAGAAAGAAUGAAAUGAGUAGAAGUUUUGAUUCUCAGACGCCCCAUGAAGGUUCUCUUUCAUCAGCAAAUUUUAGUGCUUCUUACAUGAACUUUAAGGAUGACAACGAAAGGGCUACUGAGAUUUGUGGAUUUAAUCUGCGUAGCAAAUGUAACUAUGGCAACAGCUGUAUCCAUCGCCACACAGAGCUACCUUACUUGUGGGAAUUUACAGUAAAUGGUCGCAACUGGGAGAGUUUUCCAAAUGAUGUGAAUACAGCACUGGAACAGUCGUACUGUAAUGUUCAAAAUGACAUUUUUUCCAUGCGGAUCAGAGGUAUUCUUUAUCGUGUUCAGUUUACUGACAUGACUGCUGUACCAGUACCGAACGCUGGUAAGUACCUUGUGCUCUCAUUGUACAGAACGGUAGACGCCCUCCAAAAACCUCUAUUAGGUGCCAUUUCUCUCGCUUUUUCGUUUUUUUCCUUCACAACAUUUUAUAUUUUUUUUCAUCUAAGAAAGUAACACUGGUGAAAGAAUGGUAGAAUACAUGACAGUCCUUCCUCUCCCGUAAUAUAUUUAUCUCAAAUUGAUAUUUCUAGCAGUAUAACAUUCAAACGGCGCUACAACAAAUUAAAUAUGCCCUACUCCCCACUUAAAGAGGUUUCAUGGUAUAUUAAACGAAAUAAUGGUUUUUCGUGGAAAAUAUUAGAACGGACGCAACUUAACAAAGUUGCGGUUGUGUUUUAUAUCCACUUUUGGCUGAAAUGCAAAAAUUUGGUUUGAUAAACUGAGAUCAGGCGAUAACGUUACUUAAUCUCAAUUAAUCAACACUCGGUAUCAAACUUGGUAUCAAAUGUUGCUGGUUCUUUUUCCUUGUUCCCAUACUUUUGUUUCAGUUUUAAAAGAAAAAAAAUGCUUUCCAUAAUUAAGAUAAAGAGAAGAUAAUCUAUUUAACGACAAAUACACAGGAAGUGAUUACCCUGUCUCCUGAGCCGGAGGCUCAUGCAGAAAUCGAUCGACAGUUAAAAACUAAGAAGUAAGAUGGCUAGAAAUCUCAAACAUGUUAAGUAGAGUCAAUGCCGCAUAUCAAUAUAUAUGUUGUAAAAGGGAGUUGAUACCAUGGCCAAUAGAUAAGUGUUGACUUCUUGUUAACCUCAAGACCUGGCCGGUUUCGGGCUAUCAGCACAGUAAGAGACUUGCGCACACUCAAGUCCUGAUCACAUUUAUCGUUUAUUGCUAAAUCAAGGUGCUUUUAUACAAUUUGGUAGCUAAAUCAUACUUGGGUAAAUAUGGAAGGGAAUGCAUGUGGUUUCUGUAGAAAAGCAUGCAUAAUACAGUAUUUAGCACGUGAUUUCUAUCUUGUAUAAAAAUCCUCAAAGUUGACUUUUAUUGUGACAUGGCGUUUACCAUAGGUUCUGAAGAUGUUGGAGCGCAAAAGUGUUCAUCGUGACUUUUAAAAUACCCUAAACUGCCGCUUAUAAUCCCCCCCCAGUUGUAGACUCAUCUGCCUGUAAACAAAAACACAUCUGGUUAUAAGCCCGGCUCCCCCAGAUACAAGCCCCUCCAGCUUGUUCCGAGCGAAACGGGGUUUAUAAAUUUGUCGCGUGCAGCGCGCGCCUCGCGCGAUAAUCGCACAGCGAGGCAGAAACUCGAGUUGCGAAUAUUUCUAUAGAUCUCUUGGGUGUCCGCAGUUGACGUCAUUCAGAUGUGACGUCAGGGGGCAUUUUAGCGUUGCCAGGCAACGCUACUUCGAGUGCGAAUGUAAAUGUGUGGUGCACUAUCAUGUUUUAUUCAAAAUUUCGUCUCACUUCGGCUUUGUACCUGGCGUCAAAACCUUGCUUUUCCCUAAAAUCUGUACCUUCGAAUUCAUGUUACACCGAGGCAAACCAACAAUGAAUUGGUUCUUUCCUUGCCGACCGAUGUGACAGAUUGACCAAAAUAAAGGCUGGUUUCAGCUCCGUACAUCCAUCCGCCGUUGAACCCAAGAGUGAAUAAAGGCGGAUAUAAUGCAAAAUGACUUUGAAAUACGCCUUUAAGUUAAUCUUCCUCAAAUGUAUCUUUAAAUUCAUGAUAAAUACAGCAACACUGGUUUCAGCUCCGUACAUCCAUACGCCGUUGAACCCGAGAAAAUUCAUGAUAAAUACAGCUCCACCAACUUCAAACAGCGUUCACGGCAGAGAAAAAUGCUUCAAGUAUAAUAAUUUUAGCGUAUCAUUCAUUCAGUGGCUGCGUGGCGCAGUGGUCAAGGAUCUAACUUUGAUUAUAAGAAGUUCGGAGGAAGAGAUACUUUUAAACUUUGCGCAUUAUUUUUUUUUCAGUUUUUUGAUGUUUUUUUCCCUUUGGCUUUUUUUUCUUUAUUUUUCCUGCUGAUCCUUUAAAGCUUCGCAAGGAUUUUGAGAAAUCGUAUUUCUAGUAUUGAAAAGAAUUCGAUUUCGUACGACAUUCUGAAGCUUAAAAAAGCGAGUAAAUUCAAAAAGCAUUUUGAUCAGCACUGCUAUGCAGCUUGUUUUAAAACUUUUUUCCCGGUCAUAAACCGGUCCGGAUAUAACCCCCCCCAACUUCAAGACGUGUGAUUAGGUACCAGCGAUACCUGAGCUAAUACACAAUUUUCCGACUUCCUGUUCCAAACGGAAAGAAAGGAGUCAUCUUUCCAGAUCAGAGGCACUUAGCAUUCACAUAAGAAAACCAGAAAUACCAAAGCGGUUGAAGAAGAACUUGAUCGGGAACUCACAAUGGCCUGUUCAAUGAAGAUAGCGUCUCGUGCGGAUCUUCGCAAAGGUCAAACCUGAAUUUUUCAGGUUCUUUUUCAACCGCUUGCUAUAGGUUGUUCAUUCUGCUGAGAGGAUCAUGUUCAGUUUCAUGAAUUUAAUGAUGUGAAAAAUACAAAAGUUCAAUAAACUAGCUACUUUGUGUAACAAUUUAGGUUUACGACCUUGGUCAGCUGUGAACUCCAAGCCUUUUAAGAUUCGUCGUCUGUCCACUGUGUCAUCGGUGGUUGCAGCAGCAGGCCACGUGUUCAGCACCAGGUGGCAUUGGUACUGGCAGGAUGAAAAUAACAAGUGGCAGUCGUACGACACUCCAACUGGUGCACAUGAUGUUAACACCACCACCAGCCAAUGUCUUGAGAGAGAAUACAUGGCAGGUAUGAGUUAACGAUCCCCUAUCAUUCCGUAAAUAAUAAUUUAUUCCCCUUAUCCUGAUAGAGCUGUCUCGAAUUAUUUCUUUCAUCACGAAGAUAACAGAUGAAGUCCCUCCUCAGGGAUCUCGCAGCAUUUAAAUGGAGGAAAAAAGGGACCACAACUUCCAACCAAUUCUAACAAGGCCUUGGCAACUGAUUUUUGCAAUACCAUGUCCCAGGAAUUUAGAGGAGACUAAAAGUGUUUGGAGCACAAACAAAUAAAGUGAUUACCUACAAAUGAUAUGUUCAUAAUCGAAGUUAGCCGGUUAUAAGAACUAUUCCCACUAGCAAUAAGGUUUGGCCGGUUAAUGCGUUGACCGCAAGUAGAUUGAGUUAUUCUCUUGUUAGAGUGUUCGUGAAAAAAUGGUUUGAGUGAAUACAGUAUAAAAUAAAAUUCCUCAUGGGUAGGGCUUGGUGGUAUAAAUGAAAAUUGCUGUCGACACCUCAGUGCUUGUUAUUGUGAAGCAAAAUAGUAAAAACGUUGAUAUGUUUGUUUCUCUUUGUGACUUAAUUGUGUGGGAUAUGCCUCAUACUUCAAAAUUUCCAAGACUACUGACAAGAAGUCACGGGCGGUUAAUUAUGUCUUUAAUUUACUUUUGUCUGAAGUCUUUUUUUUGCACAAGAUGGCAACAUCGAUGAAAAUAUGUUGACUGUCGUUGAUUGUUUUCCCCAGGUAACGAUUGCCAUUCCUUCACUGUGCUGCACCAGCGCUACACUCUAUACUUCAAAGGAUGGUACCAACAAAAUGAUGUUUAUAAAACUAAAAGGCCCGUUAGAAGGAGGCCUGCUGACUUUGUGACCAAAGGGAAUAUGCACGAUGUUGCUCAAAGGUGUUUAGCUUAUUUAAAUAUAUAGCUAAAAUCUUGAAGUAUAUUCAAUAAAACUAAAAGGCCCGUUAGAAGUAGGCCUGCUGACUUUGUGACCAAAGGGAAUAUGCACGAUGUUGCUCAAAGGUGUUUAGCUUAUUUAAAUAUAUAGCUAAAAUCUUGAAGUAUAUUCAUAAGUAGGUGGAAUAUGAUAGUUUGGGUGAGCUACGUAGUCCUGAAUAAUUGUUGAGAGUGACUAACGUUUCGAUAACCUGUCAUGUCUGAUGGUGGUUUUGGCUCAUCCUCUGAGAUUUCUUGGAUAUAUAAUUUGCUUAAUAGGUCUUUAACCACUAAUUGGUAAGCAUGAGCAAGCUUCUUAUCUCAAUUUACUUAUUUUAAGUUGUGCGAAGGUGCUUUUCUGCCAUCUGUCGAUUUGGCAGUAUUACAAAUUCUGGUCUUCCAUUUUUCCAAGGUAUGGUAACAUCACGCCUCUCAACAUCAAAACUGAUCGACUGGUUCACUUUUUCAGUGGUUAUUUUCUCUUCGAGAAAAGUGGUCGCUCAAUCUGCGGUGUGAUCGCAAGGGUCUCAAGGAGUCAAAAUUGUCUCAGUAAAUAGUUCAGUUCUCCAUCAUUACUCUCUGACCUCUGCAUACGAUAGGCAUUGAGGUACCCAAUUUUAAUUGCGCCCUGUCCGUCAGACUUACCAAUAGUACUACUGGCUGUCCACCCUGAUGGACACAGUCUGGAACUGGGCAGUCUUUGUCGCUUCCACGAACCUCUUUCAUUGGAAAUAAAGGUUGUAAUAAUCCGAGUCAAUUAGACCAUUGAUUAAAGUUUACCCCUUUUUCCAAGUCGAGGAAAAGGAAAGUUCCUCAAAUGUUCCCAUUUGUCUUUGAUUUCACCAUUUGAAUUGUUUGUUUCAUCAUCCUUGAAAAGUCUAAUUAGGGGUGAGCCUAGCCUGAGUAUCCUCUCCCCUAGCCCCUUAGGAAGGCCUGAUACCCAGGCUAGGGUGAGCCUAUAUAUUUAGUAUUUAUUUCUUAUUUAAGUCAUUUUAUUUUCGAUUAAUUUAUUUCGAGAGUACUGAGUAGGUAAUUAGAUAAGUGAACUUCUUUUUAUUAUGUUAUUUAUUUUAAGUUGCAAUCUGCAAGGCUUUGUAAAGUGUUGUGUUUUUGCUAUUAAGAGAUAUGUUUAUUCAUGUACUUGUUUUGCCCCGCCACGACUAUCUUUCCAGCUAUUUGCGUGGCAAGCUAUUUAACUGCUAGUGCAUAAAUUGUUUCAGGGGCACCCAACGUCAGUUUUUCGGAAAAUAUCUCUUCGGAAGACGAUUAGAAAUCUAGAAUUUUCGGAACGUUUGUUGAAAAUUUCUUGCUCGCUUGCCUCUCCUAGGAUUUUCGAACAUCUAAAAAAAAAGUAUAAUUGCCCAUUUUCAACGGAUUUUUACCCUAAAAAGCUCACCUAGAAUUUUGGGGAGCCUUUUUUCUGGCUGAAAUUUUCGAAAAGGAAAGUUUUGAUCCCUAUAAUUUUCGGAUCACUAGACUUUCAGCUAGGAAAUCCGAACAGAUGAAAAAUUUUUAGGGGAUACAAAUAUGCCAAUAUCUACCGUUUAAAUACUAAAAUACGUUUAACAAUGCUAUGUUAAAGUGGUUUUGAACUGUAUUCUCGUUGGGUGCCCCUGUUGUUUAUUGUUGUUGUUGUUGUAAUGGAAGUAUAAGCGACGCGGCCUUAUUUACUUUGUUCACCUCUAAGCAUAGUUCAGUGUGUAUUGUUCUUCAAUCGACCAUUUAAGACUCAAUCUCGAAUAUCGCAGUUGAAGACGGUAACUUUAAUCUCAAAAGACGUCAAUGACAACAUAUUGCCAGGUUAACUUUUGACUCAUUUUAAUAGCUGUUUUACGUGAAUUCUCCCAGGCGCAGGACAGCUGCCCAAGUCCAGUCACGGAGAAACUCGGCAUCGGCAGAGCCUGAUGGUCCACCAUCACACUGGUGCCCUGUCCCUGAUGGCAAGGACUACGUGUGUGUACCACUGAACCCGAUGCAUUUUGAAUACAACAAAGCAGAUAAGUUUUUUCGAGAAACUAUGCGGGAUGUUCUUCCCAACGUAUUGAAAAUAGAACGAGUGCAGAACCCAGAUUUAUGGACCUUUUACAACCAGUAAGAACGUAACUAGCUUUAUCGGUAGUUUGAACUAAAAAUAGGAACUCCUUACUUUAAGAAAGGUCUGAAAGAGGAUCAUAAUACACACAUGUUUGCGAACUUGAGCUUCAAAUUUCUUAGCAGCCGUAACAAAAACUGGAAGGCGUGGUAUCUCGACUCCUCGAAGUUGGAAUUAAAAACUCGACGCACUCAACCUCUUUUGCUGUGUGAAAAACGUCAUGUCUAUUGCAUCCACACCGAGAGAAACCAAAAUUUAGAUUUCCAAGAAACAAUAAACAAUGAGAAUUUCUUAGUAAAUUAGUUAUCCUGAGCAUGUUUGCAGAGGAAGGCCCACAAUAAACAAGGGCAAAGUUUAAAUGCCGAACUUCAGUCAAAUUUGGGGCCGCCUCGAUUGGGACGCCAAUCGACGCCAAACAUAAUUCGGUUAAUAAAGGUUACUGAGAUUUGGGGUCUGAACCAGUCCAAACGGUUCUCAUUUGGAGUUGCUGGCCAAAAGUUAUAACUUUCUAAGUAAAGCAUUGGUAUGCAGGAGCUUGGGGUAUUACCUUUACCCUAAAAAUAGCCCGACCUUCGCGGGGCACGGAUGACCACCUAAAAUCCAGCGGGGACGUAAAAGUAGUGUCUUUAAUUAGUAAUUUGCCUAAAUACAUCGAUAAUUGAAUAAUCGACAUUUUUUUUUGUCUUUUCAGGAAAAAGAAUCGCAUGGCUAAAAAGGCUGGUAGGGCUCCCGAAGAGCGCUACUUGUUCCACGGAACAAAGCCCGACACUAUUGAUGCCAUCUGCCAGCAGGGUUUUGACUGGCGAAUGUGCGGCAAGCAUGGCACAAAGUAUGGGAAGGGAAGCUAUUUUGCUUGCAGUGCUUAUUAUUCACAUCACUACACUGCCAAUCAGGAUACACCUCGUUCUUACAAGCAUAUGUUCCUGGCUAG